UACAAACCCCUCGCCAAGCCCGUCCAAGUCCAGGUCGGCGACGGCAAAUACGUCGAAGCCGUCGGAAAGGGCGACCUCAAGGUCGGCAAACUGCGCAUGCGCGGUUCGUAUCACGUCCCCCUCCUCGCCCACAACCUCCUCUCUGUCCGCCGUGUCGCCAGGAACGGCUGGAGCUGGACUUUCGCGGAUGACACCAGCACGCUCCGCGGUCCCGACGGAAAGGUCCACCUCCACGCCCCCAUCCGAGACGGUCUCUACACGGUACGCGAUACCCCU